GCUAUGGCUAAUUUGAAUUAUAAUUGUUUUAGUUUAUUUAAGCUAACCUACAUAGCCUAUACAGUUUAUUUUAUAUAAUUGUGCUACAUUAUCUGCUUUUCUCAUAUUGCUCUUAUGUUUAAUCAAAAGCAGCUACAAAUUUGGUAGAGGUUUAUUUUUUUUUACACUUUAAUCACAAAGAAAAUUUAUUACUCAAAUCAGGCUAAAGGUAUCAGUGUCCAACAAGGAUAACUGACAAACAAACAAACAAAAACUGUUUCAGUGAGUUUAAGCGUGGUCAUAACAAAAUCCUGCUGGGUUAAAGGAUGUAGUAAUCCAACGUACACCUCUGAAAUCAACAGUUGGCUAUUAAUUUGAGAUACACGUGAGUGAAUACAAAGUAGCCUGUUGCUGAUUUUGCACGUCUCAAAUUAGGCUGAAAGGAAUAAUUAUUUUCAUUAUGAAUUAAUCUGACGAUUUUCUCACUGAAUUGAUUCACAAGUAAAAGGGCGCCCUCUCCGCUGCAGACAGCUGUCCUGCAAACACUGUCAGAGAACUUGGAUUUGGGGAAUUCUCCUGUGUUGCUUUCAUGAUUUUAUAAAAAUCCAUUCAAACAUUAUCUCAGUUAGACAAAGAGCACUAUUAGAAAACUGAUCGUGCGUUUUAGGCUAGCCUAUGUACAGUAUUCACCGAUAACGGGGCUUCGCUGUUCGGCUCUGACGCGAGCACUUCCCCUUUAAGAGCACCAUGGCACCUCUCAAGUCGAGGCAGACAUUUUUCAAUGCAAGAUUUUUUCUUGCAUAAAUUAUGUUCAUGACGUAGUGCAAUAGGCCAAUUUUGUGGCUAUUUUAUCCGACUUUACAGCUCAAAUAGGCUUUCGUGAGACACCUCAAGGAUUCCUGAUUGCCCGAAGUGUUGCAGGAAAGGAAGCGCCACUAAAUAUUAAGAGAGAGGAGAUCCUAACAUUGCAACCCUCCUUAUCAAUGCAAAUACCUCUUUUGUGUGCAGUCACAGCGCCUGUCUGGGAGCUGAGAUGAAUUUUUAAUUAUGUGUGACUGAAACAAACUGUGACAAGGACCUUUAUAAGAGCGGGGGAUUACAGAAAAUUAGCUGCAUUUACGCGAAUGCCAGGAAGACAGUGGCUGAGGUGGUGAGCCAUGAACUCCCAGGAUCUUCCUGCCAAAGGUGCCCCGCUGACUGUCAAUGAGCAGGUCAUUGUGAUGUCUGGCCAUGAGACUAUUCGUGUGCUAGAGGUAGAGGUCGAUGCAUCUCUGCCUACAUCAUUACCUGACGUGAAGAGUGAAAUCAAAGCUGAGGAGGGAGUGUCUCAGUCUGCAGAGCGGCCAGAGGCAGGCAGCACCCAGGACAGCCCUACUGUAGCCCAGAGCAGCGGGGGAAUAGUGCUGGAUGAGCAGAAGGUGGCUUCUGUAGAGGCUCCGGCCCCUGCUGUCCAAACGUUGACUCCUGCUGUUCCCAUCAACGUAUCCUUGCCACAGCCCCAGGCUGCCAUGCCCAUCACCGUACAAAGCUGUCCACAGGUGCUGACCCAGGAAAGUCUGGCCACCCUGAUGACUGGUAUGAUGGCCCAGACGGGGUCGCUGGGCCAGCCCCUGCUCAUCCCCUUCAGUUCCAUUGGUGGCCAUGGCGGUCUGGCCGUUCUCACCCUCCCUACCACCAAUGUAGCUACUCUCCCUGGCCUCGCAGCAGCUAACCCGGCUGGAAAUCUACUUAAACUGCCCUUUGCUGGACUGCAAGCUGCCACAGUCCUGAACUCAGUCCAGCCCCAGCUGCAGACCAAUGCACAGACAGUGUUUCAGCCUCAAGCAGCUUCAGUGCAGGCAGUGCAGGCUGCUGUGCAGCAGGUGACGUCUCAGCCUACACAGGUGACCAGUGCACAGGUUACGACCGCUCAGGUGGCAGCAACCCAGACGACCUCAGCUACCACCCCCGUCUCUCAGUCCAACAUAUCUGUGGCAGCACUCCAGACUGCAGGACUGCCCAUCAAUCCUGCUAUUAUCAACGCUGCUUCAUUGGGAGCACAGCCCCAGUUUCUCAGUUCCCUCACCUCCACUCCCAUCAUCACCAGUGCUAUGUCCAGCAUGGCUGGCAUCACCAGCCAAAUCAUCACAAAUGCCCAGGGACAGGUCAUAGGAACCCUCCCAUUGUUGGUGAACCCAGCCUCUCUAGCUGGUGGGGCUGCGACCCCCGCCCUCCCUCUCCAGGGUCUCCAGGGUCUCCAGGUCCAGACUGUCACCCCACAGCUGCUUCUUAACACACAAGGCCAGAUCAUUGCCACUGUAGGGAAUGGACCUACCACAGUAGCGACCUCUCCAGCAGUUCUACCCAAAGCUGCUGCUCCUCCAGCACUUACCAAACCUAACACACAGGCUUCAGUAACAACUGCUACUCAGUCACCAGUUGUCAUCGCUCCACAGCCAUCUGUACUGAAGGCUGCCACCACACUCUCCUCCACGGCACCCAUCACCUGUGGAGACAUAACAAAAGUGGGCCAGCUUGUCAGCAAACCCCAGCAGGUAGUGAGCAGCGAGGAAGGAAUUAAUCUGGAGGAAAUCCGAGAGUUUGCCAAGAAUUUCAAGAUCCGUCGGCUGUCCUUGGGGCUUACUCAGACACAAGUAGGACAGGCUCUGACUGCAACUGAGGGUCCGGCCUAUAGCCAGUCUGCCAUUUGCAGGUUUGAGAAGUUGGAUAUUACCCCCAAGAGUGCUCAGAAGCUAAAACCGGUGUUGGAGAAGUGGCUGGCAGAAGCCGAGCACUGGAAUCAGAAAGGCCAGCAGAAUCUGAUGGAGUUUGUCGGCGGUGAACCUUCCAAAAAACGCAAGCGUCGCACUAGUUUCACACCACAGGCAAUAGAAGUUCUUAACUCCUACUUUGAGAAGAACGCACUGCCAACAGGCCAAGAGAUUACGGAAAUUGCAAGAGAGCUAAACUAUGACAGAGAGGUUGUGCGAGUAUGGUUCUGUAACCGGCGACAGACGCUGAAAAACACAAGCAAGAUCAAUGUCUUCCAGGUCCAGUAGCAACCUCAUUCUGGGCGGGUUCACCACUGAUCUUUUGUCCUUUUGAGAAGCUGAACAUUGAAUACACCAAGAGACAUGCUGUUUGUGUUGUAAAUAUGAUUUAAAUUCCACUAGGGCCAAAAGAAUAUAAAGUUUUUGAAAAAAAUAAGGAAAUUACACAUGAUUGAAGUCUUCUGAAAGAAUACUAAAAUCAGUUAUUGUGUUUUAAGGCUGUGUAUGUUUACACUACUUCUGAGUGGUGGGUACUAAAUUGAACUGCAUGGUUCUCUUAUCAUAUACAUUGUUAAUAAGAUAAAAUGUUUGAUGAAGUUUUAUACAAGUGGUUUUAUAGGCUGCUCCUCUGAAUUCUAUUAGGUGGGUGUGCAUUGAGCCACAUUGAGUUUGAUCACAUAAUUGUCAUUUUGAUGCAAUGACUGAUGGUACACUCAUAUUUGAAUAAUAUGCUUUAGCCAUCGUGUUUGAUUUCAGAAUUAUAGCUGCUUCUUUAUUUAAUAUUCGCACAGUAUUUGUACUGCAUGGGUAGCUCUGCCAACAUAAGGUUCUGACAGGCAUUAGGCUCUGUAGGCUAUUAAUAGGCAUUACCCUACAACCUUAUUAAAUCACAAUGAAUUAUCUAAGGAAUGCCAAACAUCAUUUUUCCCUUUCUGGACUCCUGACUCUGAAGCAAGGGUUUUGGGACAAUCAUUAUUUUUAUAUUUCUGAUUGAUAAUCAGAAAAUGUGUAGUUGUAAUUUGGCAUUGUGAAACUGUAGGGUCUUCAUAAAGAGAGUUUUAUGUUUGAUGAUCCAUGGACAGCAGGUUCUUUUUAAAAUAAUGCCAUUGCCUUUGAUGCCAACUUGACAUUUCUUUAAGUUUGUGGGAUACCGAUGGCGAACAUACACAAACUUUGUGCACUGAAAAAAGGACUCACUGGGUCUUUGGAUUUACACAAAUUAUGCUAGUAUAUGCAACGCAAUUCAUUCAUAUUUCCUCUGUUAACAUAAUUC